AUGAUCCCGAAGAUUCAACGACAAGAGACAUUUCCGUCAAUCGAUAUUAGUGCAAUUGGAGGCGUUAGCUUCAAUAGACUCCACGAGAAAGGAAGGGUGAAGAAGGAGAUUGAAACCUUUGCAACUUCACUUUAUGAGAUCGACCAUAUCAUCGAUAUAAAGAGCAUAGACUCAGGAUCCUAA